UCGACCUCACAGACCGGAAAUGGCGCCCGCUCUGAUGUCCUACAUUCCUUUCCAGGUUUCAGUCAUAUUUCUGUGCGAUGUCCUUGCAGAAUAUUAAUGUGUAACGAUGAAUUGACUGUUUGUACGACUUUGACUGCUUUAAUCGGCCUCUGAAAUCUCCCCGAAUCGAACGAUGCGGUGUUUACAAGACCGAAGAUCGUCAAAAAGAAGCAAAAAACGAUGCGGCCUAAUGUAGAAGAUGAGGAAGAAGUGACAGGCUGAGGAGUUCACCACAGAGCAGGCAUGUCCUCGAAACUCCAAGCGUUUUCUUCCCCCUCUGUGUCCUCCAGUGGCCUCUCCCGCUCCAAGAAACUGAAGGUGGAAAACCACGUGUGGAAUGUGAGCAGCCAAUCAGAAGAGAGCACCUGCUGCCAGCCAAGCCCAAGUCAGACUAAUGGCUCCUCCCCCUCUACGUCCGGCUUCAACCCCAGCUACUCCUCCAACCUAGUCUUUCCCACCUCCGGAAGUUCGCGGGAACAGACGGUGGUACGUGCCGCGGACAGCACGGGUAGCAUUCCAGAGCCUUCAUCCUCCUCUUCCUCGUCGUCUUUAUCAAGUCGACGUGGAAAAGACGAGGGUUACCGAAAACAUGGUGGUCUGAAGCGCAAGAUCGAAGAGGUGGACAGCAGCGACAGCGUGCAGAUCUUAGAGGAGCUCUCUGCUCCCGUGCUUCCCAAUCGCAUUCCCGGAGGCAACGCUACGGCUCAGUCGAUCGUUCAUUCUGCGUCCACCACCAAGAGCAGUAAUUCCCACAGCGAAGGAGACUACCAGCUGGUGCAACAUGAGAUCCUGUGCUCUGUCUCCAAUAGCUAUGAAGUGCUGGAGUUCCUUGGACGUGGGACAUUCGGACAGGUCGCCAAGUGUUGGAAGCGAGGAACCAAUGAGAUAGUGGCCAUUAAGAUUCUCAAGAAUCAUCCGUCGUACGCUCGCCAGGGUCAAAUAGAGGUAAGCAUCCUUAGCCGCCUGAGCACGGAGAACGCUGAUGAAUUCAACUUUGUGCGCUCCUACGAGUGCUUCCAACACAAGAAUCACACCUGUCUGGUGUUUGAGAUGUUGGAACAGAACCUCUAUGACUUCCUGAAGCACAGCAAGUUCAGCCCACUGCUCCUGAAGUGCAUCCGGCCGGUCCUGCAGCAGGUGUCCACGGCUCUGAUGAAGCUGAAGAGUUUGGGUCUCAUCCAUGCCGAUCUGAAGCCUGAGAACAUCAUGCUGGUGGACCCCAACAGACAGCCAUAUAGAGUCAAAGUCAUUGACUUCGGUUCUGCCAGUCACGUCUCAAAGGCUGUGUGCUCGACCUACCUACAGUCCAGAUACUACCGAGCUCCAGAGAUCAUACUUGGCCUUCCGUUCUGUGAAGCCAUUGACAUGUGGUCACUGGGUUGUGUCAUAGCGGAGCUGUUUCUGGGCUGGCCUUUAUAUCCGGGAGCCUCAGAGUACGAUCAGAUCCGGUACAUUUCCCAGACUCAAGGAUUGCCAGCCGAGUAUCUCCUGAGCGCAGGCACUAAAACCAGUCGAUUCUUCCACAGAGGGCCGGACUCCAGCUACCCUCUCUGGAGACUGAAGACUCCCGCUGAGCAUGAGGCAGAGUUUGGGAUCAAGUCCAAAGAGGCUCGCAAAUAUAUUUUCAACUGCCUCGACGAUAUGAUGCAGGUCAACAUGACUAAUUUGGAUGGCACAGAUAUCCUGGCUGAGAAGGCAGAUAGGAGGGAGUUCAUUGACCUGCUGAAAAAAAUGCUAACGCUAGACGCAGACAAGAGGAUCACACCCACCAAGACCCUCAACCAUCCGUUUGUGACGAUGGCUCACCUUCUUCACUUCCCACACAGCUCACACGUGAAAUCCUGCUUUCAGAACAUGGAUAUCUGUAAGCGCAGGUGUACUGUAUUUGACAACAACAAAAACCUGUUCGCCAGCCAUAACACUCCCAGCGCGGGCGCCAACCUCACCGUCACCUUCAGCAGUCAGCUUAAUCAACACAAUCAGAUGGCCUCCGCAGGGGCUCAGUCCUUGUCUCUGAGCAGCAACGUUCCGUUAUUGAACUACCAGCCGGGUCUGUACCAGCAGGCCACUAUAAAUAUACCAGGCUUGGCCCAGCAGAGUGUCCCAAUACAAGCUCGCCCUACUCAGCUGUGUGCCCAGUCUGAGCCCUUCCAGCAAACCCUCAUUGUGUGCCCUCCUACCAUACAGGGACUGCAGACCUCCAAUAAGCAUGCUGGUUAUCCAGUGAGAAUGGACAAUGCAGUUCCCAUAGUCCCUCAGAAUCAAUCCACUCAACCUCUACACAUUCAGCCCAGCAUGUUGACUCAGUUCCUCCACCCAUCCCUCUGUCCCCUCCCCAAUCAGAGUACCAGCACCCCACUGACCGUGUCCUCACUGCGACUUCCAGUGGCUGGAUUGACUGCGCUGGGCUCUCGGCGUCUGGAGCAGAGCGCCGCCAUGCUGCAGGGCUGGCCAGCGGGCACACAACAGAUCCUCAUACCCUCCUCAUGGCAGCAGAUGUCGGGCAUGGCCAUGCACAACCCCAGCCACCCUGUGCUGUCUGAUUCCCCGCUGGCCUCAGAUAACACCAGCUGGAGGGGUCGACAUGGAGGUCAGUGUGAUGGGCCGCAGCAGGGCUCUACUCAGGGUCGUAAUGCAGGUGCACAGGUCCCAUCUGCGGGAGCGGCCAACAGUCAAACGCAGCAGAAUGAAGUGAAGAAAUCAAAAGGUCGUCGGGCCCAGGACAGAGCCAGGCCCGUGUCCUCUCUGCAGUCGACACCUUCGGGGUCACACAACUGCGGUGAUGCGUCCCAGCCAAUCAUCAUCUCUGACACGCCCAGCCCUGCUGUCAGCAUCAUCACCAUUCACAGUGACACAGAUGACGAGGAUGACAGGAAGUGUCCACCUGAAAGUGGCAGCUGCAGCGUGAAUCAGCGAACCAACGUCAUCAGCUGUGUGACGGUCCAUGACUCGCAGGAUUCCGACUCAUCCAGCAGCACUCCUCUCAGCCCCAGACACCUCCCAAACUUUACCGAGAACAACAACACGCGCGCCUCCAGAUCUCUGGCUGUGGUCAUGCCGUCAGUGAAAGCACAGCUUUGGGAUGGACCUUCAACGGAACAAAGCAGUAAUAGUUCUGGAAAAUCAAAGAAAGGUACAAAUGCACAAUCCAGUGGUGACCGGCAUCAGAGGGCUGCGUCCGACAGAUCUCAACCUCUAAACCUGAGCCAAGCACAGCAGUCAAUGAUGUCAUCUCAUGACCGCGGAGGGGGCGUAUCCUUAAGACGCCAGCCCACCUACCCUCCGACAGGCCCCUCCCACUCCUACAGGCUACAUGAAACGUCGCUUUUUGGCUCCGCCUCCAGUCUCUACGCAUACCCGGCUUCAGCUGCCCUGGCCUCUGUGUCGCAAGCAGUGGACCAGCUGCAUAAUUCAGCCGGUUCCUCCUCUUCCUCCAGUCGGCACGCACGCGCCGCCGGGCCGUACUCCGCCUCUUUGAGUCUUUUGCAGAAGAACAGCGUCAUGGGCGUCAUGUGUCAAACCUCGACACCGUACCAGCAGCAGCAGCAUCUGUCUGCGCAGUCUUACCAGCGUUCUGCAGGCUACCCCCUCAGUCAGAGGAAACUCAACCAGUUCCCUUACCUGUGACGUAAACCCGAACACUAGACUUGGAUAUGGAGAUGUGAUUGGGAGUGUACACUUUAGUUUUAUCUUUUAUAGUGGCCUUUAAUUCUUUUUAUUCGAAGCAUUUCAAAGGUGCACAGCAUCUUAAAAUUAUGUUUACCCCUGUUAUGCUUGCAUAUAAUGUAAGAGGCUUAAGCGUCCACAUUUUCCCAGAAAUGCAUUUGUUCAAUGUAACAUAUCAAACUUUUUAUGAAAAUCACUGAUCUUGCACAGUAUAUAUAAUGUAUUAUAUACUGCUAAAAUGGAAUGUAAUUUGGUAUAGCCAUGGUUAGUAGAUAUAUGAAGAUCUAUGAAAUAUAUUGUAGUAGCGUUCUCUUAAAAAAACACAAUUUGGUUUACAUAAAGAAACAUGCCUACUGCCUGCAGUGGUUAGCAAAGAAAGUAGAUGGAUGUAAACAGUCCAAAAAUAGUCAUUUCAAAUAAGCUAUGUAUGUAAAAUAAGGGUAUUUAAAAACAUGCAAAUUAGAGAAUUAUAUGUUUAUCUUAUAUGUUUUAGGUACAGUUUGCGAGUCAAUGACUACCAAAAUCUCCACUAAAUCAGGAUUUAAAGGGAUAGUUCACCCAAAAAUGAAAAUUUUGUCAUAAUUUAUUCAUUCUCAUGUUGUUACAAACCCUGUAUACAUUUAUUUGUUCUUUUCAACACGAAGGAAGAUAUAACUAAACCGUCCAUGAGCCCCAUUCACUUCCAUAGUAUUCAUUUUUCCUACUUUGGAAGUGAAUGGGGCUCGUGAUUGGUUUGGUUACAAAUCAAACUUGGAAUAUCUUAAUUUGUGUUCAUCAGAACAAAGAAAAUGCUUGUAAUAACAUGAGAGUGAGAAAAUUAUUAUUUUUGGUUUAACUUUCCCUUUUACACAAUAAAAAAAUGUGUUAAGAAACUGGCAGAAUAGAUUGUGCCAGUCUGCUUGUCCAUACCCGGUGUUUUUAGUGGCAUCUAGCUGUGAGAUUGAGAAUUGCAAUCAACCUCAAUUUCGAAACGCAAUGAGAAGCUACGAUAGCUGCCACAGGACAAAAAUGUCAUUCAAAAAAAGCCUGAGACAAUGUAGGGACGAAACGCGCUCUGUACACUGCAAAAAAUGAUUUUCAUGGAAAAAAAUUCUUAGUAUUUUUUUUCUUGUUUUCAGUAAAAAUUAGGUAUGCACCGAUACCAAUACUGGUAUCGGGUAUCGGCCUCGAUACCACAUUUUCUAAAGUACUCGUACUCAUUAAAAGUCCCCUGAUACCUGGAAUCGAUACCACGGUCUGAGAAAUGUCUAUGUGUGAGCGGCGUGUAAGGGGUUAAUGCCUCUUGUGUUGUCCAAAGAGGCAGAGUUUACAACAAACUGGAAAACUAGUUCUUUGUUUUUUUGUUAAAUAAUAUGACUAAAGCUGUUACCUGUAAAUUUAAAUCAUGUUUUUUUAUUAAGUACUCUGUAUCGGUAUCGGCAAGUACUGAAAUGCAAGUACUCGUACUC